AUGGUGUAUUUAGGGAAUCGUGCCUUUCGAGGCAAACGAGAGCAGGAGAUAUAUGAAAAGUCGUUUGGUGGUAAAUACCAAAGGCUUAUUAAAAAGAAUCAUUUCUUAUACUUCGGAUUACCAUUUAUGUUGUCAAUAGUAGCUGGUUCCUUAUAUUUGCAAAAAUUUACUAGUGUGAAAUGGGAAAAAUAUGAUGAAAAGUAUAGGCAGUUGGACGAAGAAGAAACAUUCAAGAUGAUACAGAAUAGGCGUGAAGUUGACAAAAAAAAUGACUAUUAUAGGCUUCAAGGAAUGUUGCAAGAUCAUAAAGGAGAUGUCGACGGAGAGUAUGAAAUGGUUCGGGUAAAAAGGAAGAAAGAAGAUGAGCCUGUGUGGUAG